AUGCAGGAACCUCAUCACCGGAAGAUCGAGCUACAGUCGACCGCAGACCUCUCCUACCUCUACACAAACACGCUGACAGUGGCACGCGAGAAGAUCGACCUCCAUUUCCCUCCCUCUGCCAACGAUGACUCGGACCCGAUGAAAGAGCGAGUGCGCAAUUUAGUCGAUGGCUUUAUAAACAAGACAUUCACAUCCGCUAUACCCUCCAUAAGCAUAAAUGGAAUCGACACGACAGCCGCUUCCUCGAAGAAAAAGGGCACCAGCAGAGAUGAACAAACAAUCCAUCUCGAGUCACUCCUGACAGCUCGGGAGUCGAUUGAAUACGAACCAUUCGACACUGAUCUCGCGGCCAGACUCACAUCUCUUUACGCACAGUUAGAAUCACUCACGACAACAGUAGCGCAGAUGAGGCGGGAUGCACCGCUAAAGGCAGCAAAGGCGUACGAGGAGGCGUUAACCAGUGCACUUUUAAACGAUGAUGAUGAUGACGAUGACGAUAUUGACGAAGAUUACGACGUGGAUGAUAAACACGAUGAUAUGCAGGUAGAUGCAGAUGCAGACCAACGGCAAGAAGAAGAGAAGAAACGAGACAUUGAAAGGAUACAGAGGAUACUUCAGAAACACCCUGAAUGGCUCCUACAGGCACCCGUAGGAACGGAACAGGUGCAGGGACGCUGGCGAGACGGGGAUAUGAGUGAUGUCUAUGCCCGAUCGCUAGAGACACUGUUUAAAUUGCAAGGGGAAGGAAGCGGGAUUGGAUAUGGGAACGAGGAUGAAGAAGACGGGGGAGGAAGCAGUUAUAUGGCUGGUGGUGCUGGUGCACCGCUGGCCACGACGGUGGGCAAGGCGGAGAGAGCACGGCUUGCUACCGGGGUGGUUGAGAAGAUGUAA